AUGUCAUCAGUGUGUGACAACUCCACAGUCGCCUUCGAAUUCAGCGUCCAGGGUAUCAUUGCUGCAUGGAUCUUUGCCACGACGUCUUUAUUAGGAAUCCCAGGAAACAUUCUGGUCAUCGUGGCCGUUGCCCUGUCUCAGCAACUGCAGACGUCAACAAACAUAUUCGUCGUCGCUCUCGCCGUCAUCGACCUCCUCAACUGCCUCCUCUUGCCUGUUCAAGUUAUGUCUCUCCUAGGAAUUGGAAGGUCAUUCGCUUUCGACUGGACUUGUACGAUUGAUGCAGUGUGUAUGUACGUAUUCUUAGGAAUCAGUGUGUCUACAUUAAAUCUGAUCGCCUACAACCGAUUCUACAUGAUUACGAAAGCAGGAAGAGAUUACACUCGACUGUUCACAAAGACAAACAUGGCAGCCAUGCUCCUGGGAGUUGGCGGCACAAUAUCGACGGUUACUGUCGUCUUCGCGGCAACAGGAAUCGCCAAAUUCGGACACUACGAAGGCAUCUGCGCUCACGUCGAAGGAAAAUCCUAUACAUACCUAUCUGGCGUGUCGUUGCUGACCUCUCUCAUCGUUAUUGUGGUGUGUUACGUCAAAAUCUAUAAACACGUCAAGCGCCAUUUGCGCCACGUUGUGUCAAUAAAGGAUAAUUCAGUUUCUGAAACCGUCACAAUUGUCGCAUUGCCUUCUGAAUGUCCGCAAGCCAGAGAACUACGGGAGGAACCAAAGCCAGUCAAUGCAGGAUUUGCGCAGCGCCAGAGGGAACUCGAAACUAAGAUCACAACGAAUAUGCUUAUUGUCAUCGUUUUCUUCUUCCUGUGCGUUUGCCCAUCCAUCUUGACAUUGAUUCUACCCGGUGAUCAGCAAGCUAGCGCCAUCAUCGUCGCCAUCAUUGCCCUCAACAGCUGCCUAAACCCUCUCAUUUAUGCCUGGAAGCACCCGGUGUUCAGACACGUCUUCAAAUGCAUCAUUGGUCGAAAGAUAAGGGAAAUCAAGGAACCUACACAAUGGGCUCGGUCACUCCGCAGGACAGUCAACGUGACAGAUCAAUGA